GACAUCAUUCUAGACUCUGGGUCUCUGCGAGUAUAGGUGACCAGUCGGCCCAGACGCCGAAUCUUCUGUGUUGCUCUUUCUGGGCGGCGGGAAAGGACUAACAGAAACAGCAAGCGAGACGCACGGGGUGAGAAAGUGGCUAUGCCGGCAAAUGAUCAUGGAUCCAGGUUACCUUUAGUAGACCAGCACCCGCACCACAACCCACACGCACCCAGCUCCGACCCGCGCUCAUCUAGAGAGGAAAUAGAGGUUCCCCUAGCAGUCGGGUGCCGCCCCACCUUGCCCCACACAGUACCUGGAGCCCCGCCCCUCCACACACACCCGCACCCCUGGUCCCGCCCCUCUCGCUGCCACUCCCUCUGCGCCCUGCCCUGCCCCAGUCCGCUCCCCGGGCGCAGGCAGCGCAGGUCUCUCAUCAGUACCGCAACCGGAGCCGUGCAAGCAACAGCAGAGAGCGGCUCCGAGUCCGCAGCUGGGAGUCGCGCCCGGACGCAACGCGCCCGCAGUGCCCGCUGCGCCCGGGCUGGCAUGGGGAGGCCCGGCUGAGCGCCGCACCCCACCGCCGCCGAGACCCGCCUGCUCCUCAACCGCGGCCCUCGCGCGCACGGGCGAUGGCGAAAGCGACGUCCGGCGCCGCAGGGCUGGGGCUGAAGCUGAUUUUGCUCCUGCCGCUGCUAGGAGAAGCCCCACUGGGCCUCUAUUUCUCAAGGGAUGCUUACUGGGAGAGGCUGUAUGUAGACCAGCCAGCUGGCACACCUCUGCUCUAUGUCCAUGCCCUACGGGAUGCCCCUGGAGAAGUGCCGAGCUUCCGCCUGGGCCAGCAUCUCUAUGGCGUCUACCGUACACGGCUGCAUGAGAAUGACUGGAUCCGCAUCAAUGAGACUACUGGCCUUCUCUACCUCAAUCAGAGCCUGGACCACAGUUCCUGGGAACAGCUCAGCAUCCGCAAUGGUGGUUUCCCCCUGCUCACCAUCUUCCUCCAGGUCUUUCUGGGGUCCACAGCCCAGAGAGAGGGAGAAUGCCAUUGGCCAGGCUGUACCCGUGUGUACUUCUCCUUCAUCAACGACACCUUCCCAAAUUGUAGCUCCUUCAAAGCCCAGGAUCUCUGCAUCCCAGAGACAGCCGUGUCCUUCCGAGUCAGGGAGAACAGGCCUCCUGGCACCUUCUACCACUUCCACAUGUUACCCGUGCAGUUCCUUUGUCCCAACAUCAGUGUGAAGUACAGUCUCUUAGGAGGGGAUAGUCUGCCCUUCCGUUGUGACCCAGACUGCCUGGAGGUGAGCACUCGCUGGGCCCUGGAUCGAGAGCUCCGGGAGAAGUAUGUGCUGGAGGCUUUGUGCAUAGUGGCAGGCCCUGGUGCCAACAAAGAGACGGUGACUCUGUCCUUCCCAGUGACAGUGUAUGAUGAGGACGACUCGGCGCCCACCUUCUCUGGAGGUGUGGGCACUGCCAGCGCGGUGGUGGAGUUUAAGCGGAAGGAGGGCACUGUGGUGGCCACCCUGCAGGUGUUCGAUGCAGAUGUGGUGCCAGCGUCUGGGGAGCUGGUGAGACGGUACACAAACACACUCCUCUCAGGGGACUCCUGGGCCCAGCAGACCUUCCGGGUGGAGCAUUCGCCCAUCGAGACCUUGGUCCAGGUCAACAACAACUCCGUUCGGGCAACCAUGCACAAUUACAAGCUGAUUCUCAACAGGAGCCUGUCUAUCUCAGAGAGCCGAGUCCUGCAGCUCGCGGUCCUGGUCAACGACUCAGACUUCCAGGGGCCUGGGGCAGGUGGUAUCCUCGUCCUCCAUUUCAACGUGUCUGUACUGCCCGUCACCCUGAACCUACCCAGGGCCUACUCCUUCCCAGUGAAUAAGAGGGCCCGCCGCUAUGCCCAGAUCGGGAAAGUCUGUGUGGAAAACUGCCAGGAGUUCAGCGGUGUCUCCAUCCAGUACAAGCUGCAGCCUUCCAGCAUCAACUGCACUGCCCUAGGUGUGGUCACCUCACCCGAGGACACCUCGGGGACCCUAUUUGUAAAUGACACAGAGGCCCUGCGGCGACCUGAGUGCACCAAGCUUCAGUACACGGUGGUAGCCACUGACCGGCAGACCCGCAGACAGACCCAGGCUUCGCUAGUGGUCACUGUGGAGGGGACAUCCAUUACUGAAGAAGUAGGCUGCCCCAAGUCCUGUGCAGUAAACAAGAGGCGCCCCGAGUGUGAGGAAUGUGGUGGCCUGGGUUCUCCAACUGGCAGGUGCGAGUGGCGCCAGGGAGAUGGUAAAGGGAUCACCAGGAACUUCUCCACCUGCUCCCCCAGUACCAGGACCUGCCCCGACGGCCACUGUGAUGCUGUGGAGAGCCGGGAUGCCAACAUUUGCCCCCAGGACUGUCUCCGUGCCGACAUUGUUGGAGGACACGAGCGAGGGGAGCGCCAGGGCAUUAAAGCAGGCUACGGCAUCUGCAACUGUUUCCCUGAUGAGAAGAAAUGCUUCUGCGAGCCAGAGGACAGCCAGGGCCCACUGUGUGAUGCGCUGUGCCGCACGAUCAUCACAGCUGCCCUCUUCUCCCUUAUCAUCUCCAUCCUGCUGUCCAUCUUCUGUGUCUGCCACCACCACAAGCAUGGGCACAAGCCGCCCAUUGCAUCAGCGGAAAUGACCUUCUGCCGGCCGGCCCAGGGCUUCCCAAUCAGUUAUUCCUCCUCAGGCACCCGCCGGCCCUCACUGGAUUCCACGGAGAACCAGGUUCCUGUGGACUCUUUCAAGAUCCCGGAGGAUCCAAAGUGGGAAUUUCCUCGGAAGAACUUAGUUCUUGGGAAAACUCUGGGAGAAGGCGAGUUUGGAAAAGUUGUCAAGGCCACAGCCUUCCGUCUGAAAGGCCGGGCAGGAUACACCACAGUGGCUGUGAAAAUGCUGAAAGAAAACGCCUCCCAGAGUGAGUUACGAGACCUGCUGUCUGAGUUCAACCUUCUGAAACAAGUCAACCAUCCACAUGUCAUCAAGUUGUAUGGGGCCUGCAGCCAGGAUGGGCCACUUCUUCUCAUUGUGGAGUAUGCCAAGUAUGGCUCCCUGCGGGGAUUCCUCCGUGACAGCCGCAAGAUUGGGCCUGCCUAUGUGAGCGGUGGAGGCAGCCGCAACUCCAGCUCGCUGGACCACCCAGAUGAAAGGGUACUGACCAUGGGUGACCUCAUCUCCUUCGCCUGGCAGAUCUCGAGGGGUAUGCAGUACUUGGCAGAAAUGAAGCUUGUACAUCGGGACUUAGCUGCCAGGAACAUCUUGGUGGCUGAGGGACGGAAGAUGAAGAUUUCCGACUUUGGGCUGUCCCGAGAUGUUUAUGAGGAAGAUUCCUAUGUGAAGAAAAGCAAGGGCCGGAUUCCCGUCAAGUGGAUGGCAAUUGAGUCCCUUUUCGAUCACAUCUAUACUACUCAAAGUGAUGUGUGGUCCUUUGGAGUGCUGCUCUGGGAGAUUGUGACCCUGGGAGGCAACCCCUACCCUGGAAUUCCUCCUGAACGACUCUUCAACCUUCUGAAGACAGGCCACAGGAUGGAGAGGCCAGACAACUGCAGCGAGGAAAUGUACCGUCUGAUGCUGCAGUGCUGGAAGCAGGAGCCAGACAAGAGGCCAGUGUUUGCUGACAUCAGCAAGGAUCUGGAGAAGAUGAUGGUCAAGAGCAGAGACUACUUGGACCUGGCUGCAUCCACACCUUCGGACUCACUGCUGUAUGACGAUGGGCUCUCAGAAGAGGAGACACCCCUGGUGGACUGUAACAAUGCUCCCCUCCCGCGCUCCCUCCCUUCCACAUGGAUUGAAAACAAACUCUAUGGUAGAAUUUCACAUGCAUUUACUAGAUUCUAGCAACGCUGUCCUCUCUGCACCAUCCCAACUCUCUGUAACGCUUUUUAAAGAGUGUUUCUGAUCCCACCGACACCAAAGCCUCCUCCGAACCCUUUUCUUUGUAAAUAUCUGACUUUGCAUCUAGUUUACAUACAUUCAGGCAUUUUGCAGCUAUGUCUUUCUAAAAGGAUGUGAAAAUAAGUGUCAUUACCACACAGCCCAGCAACUUACGAUGACACAGGAGAAGCGGAUUAGAGCAGAAUUCUCAGGGCCCAUUGGGAAGCAAAUCAUAGUACUGGUGACUUCGAUAUUUAAAUUUACCUGAUCUGGGGAGGGAGUCAGUUUUGCCAGGGAAAGCUGGCAUCCCCAGCUAUGCUAUCGUUGCAAGCUGGGCUACCCCCAGGCUGCUCCUGGGCUGGUGUGUGCCUCGCGGAAGCCGACCAUAAUCCCACUUCCAGCUAUGUGUCCACAGCCGUGCAGUGUGGGGCAGCGGGAAAACCAUGUGGGCCCUGGGCAGACACCAGACUGCUGCUUUCACAUCCUUUGCACCCUACCCCCAUCAUGAUGUUGUCACUCACGAAGCCAGUGCUAAAUACUGAGCCAAUGCUUUCUGAAAGAACAUAGUCUGUGGUGCUGUGGCCUUGCAAUGGACAGUAAAUACGGCUCUUGCCAAAACUCCUUCUUUGUCUUGGAUUAAAUACUUGAAAUUUUUUUUCUGCUUCCUAAUCUCCUCAUUGAUGCUUUUUGAAGUCUUGCAGUUUCAAGCUAAGGUAGGUUCUUUCCUGCAUGCUUCCUGAGUCACAGGUCCUCACUACCUGCCUUGUGCCUACAGUGCUGCGGGGGCAGCCUGUGUGUGCCCCCUGUGGGAAAGGAAGUCUUCCUCCUCCGUGUUAGCAGGGAUGACAGGUGAACAGCCCCUAGAGGGUUCCCACUACAGGAAGCCAUAUAGUCCAGCCAUUCGCUGAUGCUUUACACUGUCCUGGGAAAACAGUUGAGCAUUUCACCAGAUCUGUUUCAGAUUUGAGACUCUAAACUCAUAGGCUUUGAGAUUUGGUAGCCUCUGCUAAAUUACCUGUACCAGGAGCAUGUAAGGUUGCCCCAUGUAGAACAGUGUUUUGGAAACCUGGGAUGCAAAACCAUUAAUGGAAUUGGCACGGAAAGCGCAAGUUGGUUUAACCAUCAAAGGGAGUUUUGCCAAGGCCUUACUGUCUGCACAUGAAGUUUGAGUUCUUCAGUGCAGAACAAAUUAUCUGUUUUCAUUUUUAGGCAUGUCAGACCCGAACUGGCCUGGAGAGAGUCCUGUACCACUCACGAGAGCCGAUGGCACUAGCACUGGGUUCCCAAGAUAUGCAAAUGAUAGUGUAUAUGCUAACUGGAUGGUUUCACCCUCAGCGGCAAAAUUAAUGGACACAUUUGAUAGCUAACAUUCCUUUGUGAACGGUAAUGGACUCCCAAGGGGGAAGAAACAUGCCAAGAGCAUCAAGUCCACCGGCCCCUUUGUGCACAUCAUACUGGCCAAGACCAGCCUUAGGUGGCAGACUUGUUUUCUGUAGUUUGUUUUAGCUGGUUUCCAAAUGGUUUUACUUCAAAUAGCUGGUGGUCCUCCCUCCUGGUGGUCUGCCCUCCUAGCACACCUGCCCCAUUGGGUGGGUGCUCUGAGUCUCUGGUUAGAUCCCCUUUCCCUUUAGCAUUGGGUAGCACCUCUGUUGGUCUGCUCAUCACUAGCCACCACGAGCUCUGUGUCCACAUGUGUGGGGUCUGCCAUUCAUGACUUGGAUGAGAAAUUGUACCUGAACUGUCUGAUUUUCCUGGCUGAUAAAAAACCUACCACGUCCCCCCAAAAAUGUUUUAACAUGAAGCACACAUACAAACAACAUUGAUUGAAAAACCUGGCCAGAACGACCUGUCCUUGUCUAGAAUGAAAGCCUAGCAUAGGACUGGGUAGUUGCAUCCACCCGGGUCCACUAGGGCUGGAGGGGAGAAGGGAGCCUCCGGGCUGUCCUCGGCUCAAUAUAUGACAUCCUGAAUAUAGAUUUUUGGGUUUUUUAGCCAUGUAGCCUUUUCUUAGGAAAAUGUUUUGUUUCUGUCAUGGUUAAAUGGCUCUUAGAAUUAGCACAAUGGAGAGAUUUGGUGUUGCCUUUGCUAUAUACAAGGCAACUGGAAAGAAGUGACCCCACAUGACCUAGUCCCCCUGUUGAGCCCUCGGCAACAUUCACGCUGCGUGACUCCGACUCACUGACCAGAACAGGGUGAAGAAGCGGGGCAUUUGGAGUAGAGUUGCCUUCAGGUCCAGUAUUGCUGUCAUCAGAGGCCUUGAGCCACAAAUUCUGCACCCCCAGCAAGCCAGUCUGCAGUACACCCUACCCACCAAAGAGUGUGCCCACCCUCUGCUUGGGGACAGGUGGGUCUGUCUUGUUUUAAUCCCUGGCUUGCCAGCUCAUGCCCAAAGGGAAGGACAGUUCAUCUAGUUGCAUUAGAUGUUUCCCUGACACUGACUGAGGUGAGAGAACAAGGUUUUGGCUCUUAUAGAGCUUGUGUGAAAGGCACAUGGGUCAGCUCUUCCGGCCGUCCUUUAUGCUGCUAUGGUACGUGUUUUGGUCUCUGUUCUAACCACGACUCACGUGUAAGGUUCUUGUCUUUCUAUAUGGGCAGUUGUAGCCACAGACACUCAGCACUCCUCUAGGGCUUUAGGGGUGGCUCUUGGAAGUUUCUUUGGCUGUCUGUGGACUGUCACUUCCCAUGAAAAGGUCACAUUACCAAAACACUGCCUGGUCUUCAGACUUGAAGCACUGUGAUAGGACUUUAAAUAGUCAUAAUAAAAUACUAUAUCUUUAUGGGCAUUUCACAAACACAGUAAAAUUGUGACAUUUUAUGUGGCUGAGAAUGCUCAGAUAAGUAUACCAGAUAGAGCCUUAUGGAGUGUGUGUGAUAUUUGUGUGCACACAUAGCCAGACAGACAGGAAGAUGAAAAAUGCUUAUUUUAACAUAUAAUAUGGCUUUAGUUUUGGGCCAUUUUUUUUUCAGAUACACUGUGAUAAGGUUUUUUAUAUAAAUAUCUCUAGUCAUGGGACCCAUUUUGUUUUUUCAGAUGUGUUUAAUGGUAGUUUUAUUAAGUGCAAAAAUACGGAUGAAUUCAAAUUAUUCAACAUGCCUACACGGUAAGUGUGACUUGCUAGGGCAAGUUAGCUCUCAAGGGCUGAGCUCCAAGUCUAAAUAGCUGGCCCAUUUGUGAGGAAUUAACACUUGACUAAUAACCAUUGUCUGUCUGUUCCUGAGAUAUAAAAGCACCCAUACUUGUUAAAGUACCUAUACUUGUUAGCACUAUCAGACAGAUUUUUCAUCUACAUAUAUGCAGAAGUUACCCCUUAUUAAAUAUUACUGAGUAUUAAGUAGCUAUCUGUCAGCCACUAAAUUUGUAAGAUCUAUUUAAGAAAGGCCAUUAAACCAUACCGUGUUGACUUGUUUUUGUAAUCAAGGUGACUAAGGAAAUAAUUUCAGUUGUGUAAAUAAAAUAAAUCAUAAAAUGUGU